CGAAAUCCAGUAGAAAUUUCUCCAGAUUGUAGACUUCGCUCACCCUUCUCCUUAUUGGCGAACCUGAUCUGAUUUCAACGUCUUCUAUCUUGCAGGUUGAGGAUUUUCAGAUCAGAGAAAACUCAAAUUUUUUAGCUUCGCAUUUUCGUUUCUUUCCCAUAAUCAGGUCCACGAUCUUAUUCUACAUACCUGAUUUUCGUUGGUUGACUUCAAAUCUGAUAUUUUUCUUCAGUCGAGAGGAAAAAUCCAAUCCUCAAUCAAAUAUCAAAUUUUUAUCAACAUGUUUCUAUUGAUCUUGUUUUCAGAUCUGAAAACCCCUGUAUUAGCUUGAUUUCUUCUUCCAAACCUGAGAGAUCAUACUUAAAAAUCAGAUUUUGAUCAUUGCCCAUAUUGGCUCAUCUCCGCUUCUUUUCGGUUCUCCUUCUAAAAUCCUUGAAGGCCUAAAAUGAACAGCAAUUACACUGUCAUCUCCAAAAGCUCCUCCAUAGAACUUCAGCACCUUGACAAUGGCAUUGAGAAUGAAAGCCCUAAUCAUAAUGGUACGCUGAAGGAAAGAUUUGAAGAAGAAGAUUUUGAUGAACUCGAUGAUCUUCCCCUCAUUGUCGAUGGUGCUAAGCUCAUGGCUAGCAGUGAUGCUGGCUCAGGCAUCCCUGGCGCAGUUUUCAACCUUGCUACCUCUAUUAUUGGCGCCGGGAUCAUGGCCCUCCCCGCCACCAUGAAGGUUCUUGGCCUUGUACUUGGUUUCAUCGCUAUAGUUGUGAUGGGAGUUCUAUCAGAAAUUAGCAUUGAACUUCUUGUUCGGUUUUCUAACCUCAGCAAAUCUGCUUCCUAUGGUGAAGUAGUACAAUCUGCCCUUGGUUUCCCAAUGAGGAUAUUAUCAGAAAUCUGCAUAAUUAUUAACAAUGCUGGUAUACUAGUGGUUUAUUUGAUUAUCAUUGGAGAUGUGAUGUCAGGUUCACCAGAUCAUGUCGGCGUUUUUGACCAAUUGUUUGGUCAUGGAAUAUGGGAUCUAAGAAAGCUAGUGAUUCUUGCCAUGGUGGUUCUUUUUUUGGCUCCUUUAUGUGCAUUGGAGAAGAUUGAUUCGUUAAGCUUUACAUCAGCUGCUUCUGUUGCUCUUGCCAUUGUUUUUGUUGUAGUCUCUUGUGCAAUUGCCUUUGUGAAGCUUGUGGAGGGAAGGAUUGCAAAACCAAGGAUGGGGCCUGAUUUUGCAAGCAAAGCUGCUAUCCUUGAUUUGCUAGUUGUUAUUCCCAUCAUGACAAAUGCAUAUAUUUGCCAUUUUAAUGUUCAGCCCAUCUACAAUGAGCUGAAGGGAAGAUCUCCUCAGAAGAUGGAUAAGGUUGGGAGGAUCACAACACUUUUGUGUGUGCUAGUAUAUUUCUCUACUGCGGUUUCUGGGUAUCUAUUGUUCGGAGCUGACACGGAAUCAGAUGUGCUCACCAAUUUCGACAAAGAUCUAGGGAUUCAAUUCAGUUCGAUACUGAACUAUGUCAUAAGAAUUGGGUAUGUUCUUCAUCUUGUUCUUGUGUUUCCUGUGAUCCAUUUUUCGCUUCGGCAAACGGUGAGUGUUUUGCUGUUUAAAGAACCACUGCCUCAAGGUAGGGUGAAGAAGUUGGCUUUGACUACAGCAUUGUUGGGGAUUAUUUAUCUUGGUUCUACUAUGGUCCCUAAUAUCUGGGUUGCCUUCAAGUUUACAGGUGCCACCACUGGGCUGUCCUUGGGAUUCAUAUUUCCCUGUUUGAUUGCAUUGAGGCUAGACAAACAAGGUGUGAAUUUGACUCGUGGAGAGAGAUUAUUGUUAUGGAUCAUGUUAUCUUGGGCACUAAUAGUUAGCAUUGUAGGAGUUGUAGGGAAUAUCUAUGGCCUUCAAAGCGAUUCUUCUUAAUGUGACUUCUUUGCACUUUUUUCACAUUUAUAUCAUUAUCAGAUUUAUGGCACUCUUUUGGAUUUCUUGGAGUAGAGCUUGAUGAGAAGACAUAGCAUCAAUUCCACAUUGCCACUUCUAGAUGAGAUAAUUUAUUAGUGAAGAAAUGAUACAGAUUAAGAUAGUAUCACAUUUUGUUGCUGAGAAUAAAAAUUUCUGAGGAAUCUGAUGAAUUAUCAGCAGAUAAACUUGAAAGGAACUUGCAACUAAAAAAGAGGAGUCUUUAAACAGGUUUGGAUGACCACAAACUUUUACUUGAUCAGAGGUUUUGCUCAAAUCCUAGCUCUUGUAAGUUUAUUAAUGAUUAAGAUGGUAUUUUUUUAUUCUUUUUCAUGUAUAAGGCUACAUUAUCCGAUCAACAUGAGGCAUUGGCUUAGAUUACUGAAAAACUAUUUUGUUGCUUU